AUGGGGCCGCGCGCGCGGCGCCAGGUUUAGCGAGGAAGGCACAACGGAGAGGACAGAAACUGGAUGGCUUCUACGGUGAGCCUGGGCAAGGAAACAUUAUUGGAAGAUGGAAUGCCACCUGCAAAAAAGCCCAGGAAGCUGUUGCCAAGCCUCAAAACCAAGAAGCCUCGGGAACUUGUUUUGGUGAUUGGGACAGGAAUUAGUGCUGCAGUUGCUCCCCAGGUUCCAGCACUGAAGUCCUGGAAGGGGCUGAUUCAGGCCCUCCUGGAUGCUGCUAUUGACUUUGAUCUCCUGGAAGAUGAAGAGAGCAAACGGUUCCAGAAGUGUCUUCAUGAAGACAAGAACCUGGUUCAUGUUGCCCACGACCUUAUUCAGAAGCUAUCUCCGCGCACAAGCAACGUUCGCUCCACCUUUUUCAAGGACUGUUUAUACGAGGUGUUUGAUGACCUGGAAUCCAAAAUGGAAGAUUCUGGGAAGCAGCUGCUUCAGUCUGUGCUUCACUUGAUGGAAAAUGGGGCCCUUGUGUUAACCACAAACUUUGAUAACCUGCUGGAGCUGUAUGCAGCACACCAGGGGAAACACCUUGAAUCUCUUGACCUGACUGAUGAAAAGAAGGUGCUGGAGUGGGCACAGGAGAAGAGGAAGCUCAGUGUCCUGCACAUCCACGGCGUCUACACCAACCCCAGCGGCAUCGUCCUGCACCCGGCCGGCUACCAGAACGUGCUGCGCAACACCGAGGUCAUGCGAGAGAUUCAGAAGCUGUAUGAAAAUAAGUCCUUCCUCUUCUUGGGCUGUGGUUGGACAGUUGAUGACACCACGUUUCAGGCCCUGUUUUUAGAGGCUGUUAAGCACAAGUCAGACCUGGAGCACUUCAUGCUGGUGCGGAGGGGGGAUGUGGAUGAGUUCAAGAAGCUCCGUGAGAACAUGCUGGACAAAGGGAUCAAAGUGAUUUCCUACGGAGACGAAUACGCCGACUUGCCCGAGUACUUCGAGCGGCUGACGAGCGAGAUUGCCAUGAGGGGUCGCACAGGUGUGCCCAAGGAGGGGCAGCAGCUGAACGGGUCUGCCACUGCCCACACUGAGAUAAAAGGAUGCAGCCCCUGAGCCUCAGCCCUGCCCAGGCCCUGAGCCAUGGCAGGGGCUCCUGGGACAGGCCCAAGCCAGGCCAGCAGCCCUCAGGGAGCCCAGCACUGUCCCACUGCUGUCCAGCACCGAGCCAGGACCCUUCCAGCAGGGAAGAGGCCAGGACAGAGCCUCCACGGUGAACACCUGGUCUAACAUAGUCAUUGUGGUUUUACUGGGGCUGCAUGUGCCUGUGGAGCGCGGUGUCCCCAAGGGAGCUGCAGCCUCCUCUAACUUCAUACCUAGAGCUUUUAUAUUCUGUAUUUCAAUUAAAAAAUGAAACUUGAGCUCUUUUUUUUUUUUUUUUUUUACUGGAAGCUCUAGUUUUCUAGUCCUGUCUUUUUACUGUACAGUUUUUGUAUGUUGAAGUUGUAUUAAAGGCCUGCUCACUGAA